GCAUGCAUGAGGAGAACAUGCAAACUCCACACAGAAAGGUCCAUGCUGGCCAUGAGGUUCAAAGCAGAACCUUCUUGCUGCGAGGAAGUAGGCUUAUAUUACAUUGCUCUGCCUCCUCCCAGCUGUCCAUUAACCAUGAUGCACCGGUGUAAACAGAGCUGUCACUCAGAAUGCUCUGAAGUCAGUAAGGAGAUUGCAGAGCUCAUUUGGAACACCAGAUGCUGGGACAGCAGAGAAGCCUAGUUCAUUAAGUAUUUGAGGUAUGUGGCACCAGCAGCCUAAUAAUGAUCAGGAUGGAUAUUAAGGGGAAAUAAUCUAAUAGGUAAAGAUUGUUAGGGACCUGAUUUCUUGCGGAGGAGAAGGAAAGGAGGAAACAAACAAAAAAAAAAAACCCACCAUGCUGGCCUCCUGAGAGCUGCUUGCCCUGGAGCCUGUGCCCAGAGCCAAUAGAAUAUUCAUGUGAGUGAGAGGCGUUCCCUGCAGCCAUGGCGGAACUUUACAGCGCGUCCUGCUGUACAAACAUUCAGCUGACUGCCAGCAGUGGGACUGGACCCACACUCUAGAAAGUGCCGGAUUCAAACUAACGAAUACAAGACUGAAAAUAAAGGAAAAGUUCAGAAGGGACUGAGUCGACACAACAUCUUUCUCCAUCGCUCUGCGCAAAAGCCAAGCUGAAAGACUCAGGACAUUAGACAUGCAGCUUGGUCAGGACAGAUCAGUCUAAAGACUCUGAGGAUAAUCGGAGUUGUGCUUAUUCCGAUGAAGGCUGCUUCUCCUUUACACUAACACUAUAUUAAACCAAGCUCUCGAGUUCAGGAGUUCUCCACUGCGCACGCUCUGUUCUUCUCUCCUCUCUCUCGAUCACUCCUUCUCUCCUCUCCUCUGUCGCGCGCGCGCGCUCUUGCUUCGCCGUGAUGGCUGAGGAGGAUGGUGGCAUGUCGAGUCCCGCGGAGCGCAGCGCUCCGAGCAGCAGUAGCUUCAGUGUACUCAGCUGGGAGCAGGUGCAGCGGCUGGACAACAUACUGACCGAGACCAUCCCGAUCCACGGCCGGGGAAACUUCCCCACGCUGGAGAUGCAGCCGCGCCAGAUCGUGAAGGCGGUGCGGAGUCGCCUGGAGCAAAGCGAGAUCCAGGUGCGCGAUGUGCGCCUCAACGGCUCAGCGGCCAGCCACGUGCUGCACGAAGACAGCGGGCUCGGCUACAAGGACCUGGACCUCAUCUUCUGCGCCGAGCUUAAGGGCGAGAGGGAGUUCCAAACAGUCAAGGACAUAGUGCUGGAUUGUCUACUGGACUUCCUGCCCGAGGGAGUCAACAAGGAGAAAAUUACACCCUUGACCUUAAAGGAAGCUUAUGUUCAGAAGAUGGUGAAAGUAUGCAAUGAUUCAGACCGCUGGAGCCUCAUCUCACUCUCUAACAACAGAGGCAAGAAUGUGGAGCUCAAGUUUGUUGAUUCGUUGCGACGGCAGUUUGAGUUCAGUGUGGACUCAUUUCAGAUCAAGCUAGACUCUCUGCUUCUGUUUUAUGAAUGUUCCGAGAAUCCAAUGGCCAAAACCUUCCACCCGAGCAUCAUUGGCGAGAGUGUGUAUGGAGAUUUCAGCAUGGCCCUGGAGCACCUGCGCCACAAACUGAUCUGCACGAGGAACCCAGAGGAGAUCCGUGGUGGUGGCCUGCUCAAGUACUGCCAUCUACUGGUGAGGGGCUUUCGAGCAGAUUCUGAGAGUGAGAUGAAGUCUUUGCAACGCUACAUGUGCUCACGCUUCUUCAUUGACUUUUCUGACAUCAACGAGCAGCAGCGCAAACUGGAAUCCUACCUCCAGAACCAUUUUGUGGGCUUGGAGGAUCGCAAAUAUGACUAUCUGAUGACAUUGCAUGGGGUGGUAAAUGAAAGUACAGUGUGCCUGAUGGGACACGAGAGGCGGCAGACAUUAGGGCUCAUCGCCAUGCUGGCUGUUCGUGUGCUGGCUGAGCAGAACGUCAUACCCAAUGUGGCAAACGUUACCUGCUACUACCAGCCUGCCCCUUAUGUAGCCGAUGCCAACUUCAGCAAUUACUAUAUUGCCCAGGUGCAGCCAGUGUUUGCUUGCCAGCAGCACACAUACUCAACCUGGUUACCCUGCAACUGAGCGCAUGGUGAAUUCGAGAAUAAGAGAAAGGAAAAAAAGGUUGUGUUUUCAUACAGAAGCUGAAUCAGAUUUGCAAAUUUGUCCAGAGCAUUUCAAAGAAGCCUGAGCAAAAUGACUGUGCUUUCUUGCUCUGAAUUAAAAGCCCCAUGAUUUCCAGAGUGCAUAUUAAAGCAAAAUUUGAAUUAUAAGGGGUAAAUGAGUCAGCUGACAGUAUCCCUGUCCUAAUUGUAAUUUUGGCAAGCUUUGCUAACAGAUGUUCAGUGUGACCCUAACAUACCCAUGCCCUUCCAUCUCUGGAAGGAUCUUUAGAGCUUUUUCUGAAGCAGUCUAACAGUCCUAGAGAAUGCAAUCAAUGGGCAGUUGUUAAACACCUGGCAUCCGACUGGCUGGCAUGGACCAAAGACUGGCUUCGUUAGUGCUGUUUUGUGGAACGCUCCCAUGCUGACCAUGUGGGUACAGUAGCCUUUCUUCAUGUGGUCCAUGUGCAAAGUUACAGAGGACAAAAAAAAAGAACCGGGGUCUUCUUUAAGCUCCUACUUUUGAUCUGACACAAAAAGGUGAGGGGACAACUUGUUUAAAAUGGUAAAAAUAAGUCUUAGAAGAAGGUCAUAUUCUUGAUAAGUGUUUACAAAACCAAAGAUUUUAUGAUUGUCUCUUUUUAUUGCCCAAAUUUGGAAGUAGUUCUGUCUAUAUUUGUAUAUGUGAAACAUUCAUUCUAAGUGCCUAAUGCAGAAUGUGAAGGGAAUUAGGCUGACCAUUCUGCUUUUGUGAACUAACCAAGUCCAUGAUCGUUAUAAACAACAAAAGGACUGAGAUUGUGAAUGUAUGGCCGAUUAGUGUGUAAUUUUUGUAGAAGGUCAAGAUGACGUCAGCAUUGCAGAUGAGAAAAGGCUUUUUUUUUCAAUUCAUAGAAGAGAGAUGAAUAAAGAACAGUUCGAUAUUUGUGGUGCUCUAUUUUUGAAACACUGCGUCAAAACUAAAGAAAAUUAGUUAGCCACAUUAUCUCUUAAUUUAUUGUUGCUUUUAAUGAGCAGGAGUCAAACUGAAAUGACUCCCUUAAUACACUUGUUACUGUAUGUAUCAUAAUUAACAAGGUUAGAUUUUUUUAUUUUUCAUUGCUUAAGCUCUGUAAGUUUGGCAAAAUGCAGUCUUGCCUGGCCUGAGGUUGUACAUUCUGAGGUUGUACAUUGACUAUCGCUCUUGAAAUAUAACAGACAAAUGGAUAAAAACCCUGCGUCAGGUGAAAGAGGAAAGUCAAAGGCACGGUGCACUAAAAAAAAAUAAUAGCCAUGUUAUUUAAAAGAGUGAGGGGAGUGUGUUUCCCUGCUGCCAUAAGGGAAUGUAUUUGUUAAGGUACUUCUGAAGGUGGGACAGUAUUUGAUGUAACACCUUAGCAGGGAAUUCCUCAGUCCCUGCUGAAGCGCUGAGACUAAAACUGACUGUGUUCAUGCUUCCUUGCUCAGGUUCACUAUUCUGUGUGCUCAGUGUUGUCCUAGCAUUCAGGUCCUGCAAGCAAAGCAUAACCCGUUCUUGAUUAAUAGCGACAAGAGGAAGCAUGUCUGGACGGCUGAGACAUGUAAACUUGAGAUGGAGAAGGCAUGGAAUGAGAGAAUGUGUGAAAGAGUGCAUGGGAGAGCUGAGAAGACGCAGGAGAGGGAGUGAGAGCUGGGGAGAUGGGUGCAGCUGGUGAAGGGGUUCAUUUGCUUCUGUAUAUAGUUUUGAAUCAGAACCGCCUGUUAUGUCUCUAAAUGAUGUUGUGCUGAGCCACAGAGAUUUAAAGAGACAAAAAGGAACAAUGUUGACCCAAUAUACUUAAAUAUAAUAUAUUUAAGUGUAGCACUAAAAAUACUUCAUCAUCACCAGCAUUUGAAAACUGAGUCAUGACCAAUGAUAUGUAUCUUUUAAAUACUGCUUUCAAAAAGGGUCAGGAAAUAUUUUGACAAAAUCUAGUUGGUGUAAAUUAAAGCAGCAGCUGAUCUGAGAUUUGUCCCUGUCUUCUCCAUUCUGCCAGGUUUAACAGCACAGUACAGUGAUACUGAGAGGAGCCUGUGCAUAGACUAUGAUGUGUGUCUACUGCUAAAUCAAGCAGAAUCUUAAACGUUCUAUAUUUUUUUUCUAUCCUGCUAUUUUACAUGCUCAGGUUCUCAUUUGUCAUUUUUGUGAAUCACAUGCAACUUUGUUGUUUGUUGAGUCACAUUUUGUCACAUUUGUUGCUGGAGCCCUGUGGAUGAUGCACACAGCAGGAAUUUACAUACGCCCCAUGAAUACUAUGAGCUUAGUGUCGCUUAGCUGGCAAAAAAAAAAAAUUCAAAAUAAGUAGCAGACCACCCCUGUUGCAGUGUUCUAAACUGCUUCAAAAUGUUCAAAAAUGAGAAAUUGUUUUCUAUGUUUUUAUCAUACUUGCUUUGAAUAAAUGCAUUAUGCACCAUAAUUCUCAAUCCGCUUUGAAAUGUGAUCAAGCUGCUAAAUGUUUGAUUUU